ACGCUCUCCCCCGCCCCCAACCCCCGCUUGGCUUUGGGUCCCCUCCCCCAAGUUAGAAAAUGGGGAGGUCUGACCCAGAGGAGGGCCAGCAGCCAGCUUCGGUGAAGCCCCCAGAUGGUGGCUGGGGCUGGAUAGUGCUGCUGGGCUGCUUUGUGAUCACCGGCUUCUCCUACGCCUUUCCCAAGGCCGUGAGCGUCUACUUCAAGGAGCUGAUGCACGACUUCCACGUGGGCUACAGCGACACAGCUUGGAUCUCGUCCAUCAUGCUGGCCAUGCUGUAUGGCACAGGGCCUGUGAGCAGCAUCAUGGUGAACCAGUUCGGGUGCCGGCCUGUGAUGCUCGUUGGUGGGCUCCUGGCGUCUUCCGGUAUGAUCCUAGCCUCCUUCACCACCAACAUUAUUGAGCUGUACCUGACGGCUGGCAUGCUGACAGGUCUAGGUAUGGCUCUGAACUUCCAGCCCUCCCUGAUCAUGCUGGGCACCUACUUUGACAAACGUAGACCUCUGGCCAAUGGGCUUGCUGCAGCCGGGAGCCCUGUCUUCCUCUCUGCCCUCUCUCCGCUGGGGCAGGUCUUGCUUGAGAAGUUUGGCUGGCGAGGAGGAUUCCUCAUCAUGGGGGGUUUGCUGCUCAAUUGCUGCACCUGUGGAGCAGUCAUGAGGCCUCUCGAGGCAGGCAUGAAGCGGAAGAUGGAGAGAGUUCAGGACAAAUAUGAAGCCAAGGAGAUGUUGCCCAUUGGGGAAAGGGCAGAGGAGGCCAUAAGCACCAUUGAUGGAGCCAAAAAAUCAAAGAAAACCAAGAAGCAGCAGCAGUCUAGGAAAGGGAAGAAGCUAUUGGAUUUUUCUAUCUUCUCCAACCGGGGGUUUGUCAUUUACUCCAUUGCUAAGUUCAUCAUGGUCUUGGGUCUCUUUGUGCCCCCCAUAUUGCUGGUCAACUAUGCCAAAGACAUAGGAGUGCCAGACACAGAAGCUGCCUUCCUGCUGUCCAUCAUUGGCUUCAUAGACAUCUUUGCCCGCCCUUCCUGUGGGAUGCUAGCCGGGAUGAAGUGGAUGCGUCCCCAUGUUGCCUACUUAUUCAGCUUUGCUAUGCUCUUCAAUGGCCUGACAGACAUCUGCAGCGCCAGGGCUAACACCUACACGGCACUGGUCAUCUUCUGUAUCUUCUUUGGCAUCUCCUACGGCAUGGUGGGUGCAUUGCAGUUUGAGGUGCUCAUGGCCAUUGUUGGAUCCCAGAAGUUCUCCAGUGCCAUUGGGCUGGUCCUGCUCAUCGAAGCCAUUGCUGUGCUCAUUGGGCCACCCUCAGCAGGACGCUUGGUGGAUGCAUUCAAGAACUACGCAAUCAUCUUCUACCUGGCUGGCUCAGAAGUUGUACUCUCCUCCCUCUUCCUGGCCAUGGCCACCUACUGCUGCCUGAAUCAGGGGAAGAAGACACCCCAGCCAGAGAAGACCCCUUCGGUAGGGGGUGGCAGUGAUACCGAAGAGGCAGAGUCAGAUGCGCAGGAAGUGGAGGAUCAUGCUGGUGACAACCACCACCUGUCCCACAGCACCAACACUGCUGUCGUCAUGGACAGCGAUGCGGUGAACCACGUAGCAGAGGACCAUAGUGCAGAUGGGGUGGAGCAGCCUGCGGAUGAGGGGGCAGUGCCAGUCCCAGGUGAAUGCAACUCUGGUCAGACAGUGGAGAGAGAGAGAUUUUAGCAAGUGAAAAGCCAGGACUAAGAGACAAUGCUAAAGUGUGUGACUGGCCUGGUUUGGAGACAAGUAUAUGGGGGAAGGAAUAUGGGUUGGAAGGGGAGAGUGUGCUGGGGAAGAAGGGGGAGCUGCAAGGAACAAGAGACCGAUUCCACGAAUAGCAGAAUUUUUAUAUAUAUAUAAUGUCUGUGUAACGGUAUACUGCAAAUACACUGAUGUAUUCAACACAGGCGCAAAGACCCUGAAAACCAGCCUCCCCUACAAACUGUCCCUGGGAAAUAUUUUUAAACAGCAGCAGAGGCAGCCAGAGAACUUUACUUUUCCCUCUACACUAUCACCCUAAGACAGAGUUAGGGGCUCUCUAUGAUCAUAUCUGAUUUACUCAGUCUUCAAUGCCUCUCCUAAUCUGCUACUGCUGUCAGGACAGACCCCACUUCAUAGACUGCAGAAGAGGCCACACUAUGAACUUGGCGGGAGGGAGGUUGGUUUAGGCUGUCAUGGAAGCAGCUGAUGGUGUAGGGGAAAAAAAGCUAGAGGGCAGCUACAGGAAUUGCCAUACUUCAUGUCAAUAAUCUCUCUGACCUUGCCUCCAACCACAACCAAUGCCUUAGAGAAAAGUAUAGCCUUCCCCUUCCUAGGCAAUACUAAAAGUGAGGGGAAGGGACUUCAUUCUGACCCCAGCUUGAAAUUAUCUGAUGAGGUGGCAGGCCAAAAGAAGUGGUUGUGAUGCUUCAUGGGCAAGGAAGAGGAACUGGGGGAAAAGAUCUAGUUAAGGGCACCAAGCAAGGAAACAGUCAAACUAAAUGCCAUUAGCUAACACUGCCCUGACACUAAAAAGUUUUACAGAUAGGAAUACUAGCAAGGACCCUUCCCCAUAGGCUGAAUCUGCACGGCAAGAGUAGAUGACAUGUGAGGGGGAACAACGCUGAGCAGGAAGAGUUUCUCUUCCCAGAGCCCAGGUAAAAAACACACCAUGUCCCGAGGGAUUAUCCCUGUGGCAGCAAUGGUACAAGGGGGAGGGGUGGAUGUGUGUUUUUUAACUAAAAGAAAACCCCUUAUAUAAAGGAAUCAAUGUUCAGGCAGAAGAACAAGCAGCAGCCAGAGGAUGCAAUGAAUGAGAGGGUUUGAGCAAGUAGUAAAUCAGGCUUAAGAGAUGGAUUUCUGGAUUCUAAAAGAACAACCUUCACUCGCAUACUUAAACCACACUUAAUCCGCUUUAGAACUGGGUCUACUAUGACACUCCUAGCCAAAGCCCUUCCUUCCAGUUUCCUGAAUUACUUUACCUCAAACACCCCGUGCCAACACCUCAAGGGCCCUAUUACAACACCAAGGGAUCAGAAGCCACAGGGCUGUACAGCAGGGAUCUCAAGGGCUGCAGAACAGGCAUUUCACUUCAGGUCACUGGCUUGAAUAUGAACUAGGGAUUGGUCACAGACAUUACCAACUGAUAGCCCAGCUAAACUGAAUUUGGUGGGGGAGAGAGAGAAGAUUGCACUCCAGCUGCUACUACGCAAGCAGUACUGAUUUGCUGCAAUAAGGACAGUUUUCAAGGAGAGACAAGACCUCAAUGAGCCAGGGGGCUUGCAACCAAGA